AUGCCCAAGCCAGACAGCAAUCCCAUCAACUUGAUAAUUGCCGUUUCCUUCGGCCUCUUCGUCCCCCCUCGGCUCAUCCAUGCGGUCAAAUAUGGCGGUCUCAACGUCCAUCCCUCAAUUCUCCCCGACCUCCGCGGCCCAGCCCCGAUCCAUCACGCCCUUCUACGCGGUGACUCCCACACCGGCAUCACCAUUCAGACCCUCUCUACAGAGGCAUUUGACCACGGCAUACCCUUACUACAAACCCCUCCCACAAACCUCUUCCCCAUCCUCCCAGAUCACACCCCAACACAGCUCCAGGCCGAGCUCGCCGUAGAAGGUGCCAAGAUGCUAGUCCAAACCCUCCGAGAAGGAUUACACGUCCCACCGCACCAGUCAUGUCAGGCUGCCAAUGAUGGUGGCUACGCCGUGGCCUCACACCAACCACCGCUUCAGCACGCCCCCAAGAUCACCCCGCAAGACCGCCAGAUCUUAUGGACAGCCGAUAAUCUGACGUCUGAGGACAUCAUACGUCGCGCACGCGUGCUGGGUCCAUUAUGGACCCAUCUAAUCGUGAACGAGAAAGGCGAGGAACGGGUAAAGAGGGUGAUUCUCGAGGAUCUUACUGCUGUGACCGGCACGCCGCGGCCGCCUAAGUUGAAACCGAAUCCCAAUCCUGGUUCCUGGAAGAAUGGAACGUGGGUGCCCGCGGUCGACACUAGGAAGGGAGUUGGGGAAAUGACUUCUGUUGGGAAGGGAAGCGCGGAAGAUGGGGAGCUGACGUGGGUGCAAAAAACACCCAUACUGCAGACAAACGGGGGGGGGAAAGGCGAGGCGAACCUUGAAUGGGAGACUGAGAAUGUGCGAAUGGGUUACUGGGUAGGGAAGAAGAGGGGUGACGAAGGGGUGACGGUGCGGGUGAGCAGGCAAUCGUGGCUGAGGAUUGGGAAGAUAAAAGUGGAGGGCUCAACCGCGAAGCCUGCGAAGGUGGUUCUAGAAGCGAAGGUGUGA